CGCGUGCUGCGAGGGGCGGAGCUUCCGCGCGAGAGUGGGGUAUUUAAAAUCGUCUGAGCUGCACAGAGCGCUGUAGAAAGUCACUGCAGGCUUACUGGAGACUGAGAGCACUGAGGAGUGUUUUAAAGAUGGCAUAUUACGAACACAUCGUCUUUGAAGAUGAUUUAUCAUCUGAUAACAGCUCAGAUUUCGGCUCGGGAGACAUUGGAGCCAACUUUGAGGUUCCGUGCGAUGUGGAGGUCAGUCACGACUUCCAGAGGAUCUUUCUUCCGACCGUGUACGGAAUCAUAUUUGUUUUGGGUCUCAUCGGGAACGGACUGGUUGUGCUGGUAAUGGGCUGCCAGAAGAAAUCCAGAACCAUGACGGACAAGUACCGCCUGCACCUUUCAGUGGCGGACCUUCUGUUUGUGCUCACCCUGCCGUUCUGGGCCGUGGACGCGGCCAAAGACUGGUACUUCGGAGGCUUCAUGUGUGUGGCCGUGCAUAUGAUUUACACGGUGAAUUUAUACAGCAGCGUCCUCAUCCUCGCCUUCAUCAGCCUGGACCGCUACCUCGCCGUGGUGCGCGCCACGAACAGCCAAGGUCCGAGGAAACUUCUGGCCAAUCGCAUCAUUUACGUGGGCGUGUGGCUCCCCGCCGCCCUCCUCACCGUUCCAGACCUGGUGUUUGCCAAAGCGGAGAGCAGCUCUAUCCGCACCUUCUGCGAGCGCAUCUACCCACAGGAGUCUUUCACAACCUGGGUGGUCACUUUCCGUUUCCAGCACAUCCUAGUGGGCUUCGUGCUACCGGGGCUCGUGAUUCUCAUCUGCUACUGCAUCAUCAUCUCCAGGCUGUCGCGCGGCUCCAAGGGCACGCAGAAGCGCAAGGCGCUCAAGACCACCGUGGUUCUGAUCGUGUGCUUCUUCGUCUGCUGGUUGCCGUAUUGCGGAGGGAUCCUGCUGGACACGCUGAUGAUGCUGGACGUGAUUCCUCACAGCUGCGAGCUCGAGCAGGGUCUGCAGAAGUGGAUCUUCGUGACGGAGGCUCUCGCGUACUUUCACUGCUGCCUCAACCCCAUCCUUUACGCGUUUCUGGGGGUGAAGUUCAAGAAGUCCGCCCGCAGCGCUCUAUCUCCCAGCCGGGGGUCCAGUCUGAAAAUUCUGCCGAAGAAGAGAGGAGGGAUGUCAUCCGUAUCCACAGAAUCCGAGUCUUCUAGCUUUCACUCUAGUUAACACAAGCGCGCUCAUCUUGGACUGUGAAUAUGCUUCCAAAUAUUAUAUUAAUGACAUGAAAUUACCAGCUGUAUGUGCUUUGUAUAGGAAGAAUACAGGCUGAGCCUGAUUGAAAAGUUGCUAGAAUGUAAUUAUGCCUGUCAGUAUGGCAUCACAUACUGCAUUGCUUCCAGUAUUAUUGUAAAAUCUCUCUUAGUAGUGAGAAGAGGUAUUGUGAACAUACCGAUGUGUUGAUAUAGUGUGCAAGAUGUUUACUGUACAUAUCAUGUAUAUAGAUUGUUUUUUAUCUGGUUCCUUUCUGCACUUAUGUAGACCAUUGCAUUUAUUUAUUACAUGAUCAAGGGACUGAAUUAGGGUCCAUUCAAGUUUUAAAAAGCUGCUUUGGCAAAUUGAAGUCUUUGCAAUAAAUUUUUUGAGUACU